CCGCGCGCUGCCCCACCACUUCAGACGCCCGCAUUGUUCAGCCAGUCGCUCUGGUUUCGCCGCUUUGGGUUGGUCCUGCGUCCUCUUCAGGUCCCAGCCCCUCCCGAAAGCUGGGCGAGGGGACUGUGCCUGGCUGUGAGCUCUCUGCGGUCCUCGGGUGCAGGCCACCAUGAGCAAACGGAAGGCGCCGCAGGAGACGCUCAACGGGGGCAUCACCGACAUGCUCACAGAACUCGCAAACUUUGAGAAGAACGUGAACCAGGCUAUCCACAAGUACAAUGCCUACAGAAAAGCAGCAUCUGUGAUAGCAAAGUACCCACACAAAAUAAAGAGUGGAGCAGAAGCUAAGAAACUGCCUGGAGUAGGAACAAAAAUUGCUGAAAAGAUUGAUGAGUUUUUAGCUACUGGAAAAUUGCGUAAACUGGAAAAGAUUCGGCAGGAUGAUACGAGUUCAUCCAUCAAUUUCCUGACUCGAGUUAGUGGCAUUGGUCCAUCUGCUGCAAGGAAGUUUGUAGAUGAAGGAAUUAAGACAUUAGAAGAUCUCAGAAAAAAUGAAGAUAAAUUGAACCAUCAUCAGCGAAUUGGGCUAAAGUAUUUUGAGGACUUUGAGAAAAGAAUUCCUCGUGAAGAGAUGUUACAAAUGCAAGAUAUUGUACUAAGUGAAGUUGAAAAAGUGGAUUCUGAAUACAUUGCUACAGUCUGUGGCAGUUUCAGAAGAGGUGCAGAGUCCAGCGGCGACAUGGAUGUUCUUCUGACCCAUCCAAGCUUUACCUCUGAGUCAACCAAACAGCCAAAGCUGUUACAUCGUGUUGUGGAGCAGUUACAAAAGGUCCGUUUUAUUACAGACACUCUGUCAAAAGGGGAAACAAAGUUCAUGGGUGUUUGCCAGCUUCCCAGUAAAAAUGAUGAAAAGGAAUAUCCACACAGGAGAAUUGAUAUCAGGUUGAUACCCAAGGACCAGUAUUACUGUGGUGUCCUCUAUUUCACUGGGAGUGAUAUUUUCAAUAAGAAUAUGAGAGCUCAUGCUGUAGAAAAAGGCUUCACAAUCAAUGAAUACACAAUCCGUCCCUUGGGAGUCACUGGAGUUGCUGGAGAGCCGCUGCCCGUGGAUAGUGAGAAGGACAUCUUUGACUACAUCCAGUGGAAAUACCGAGAACCCAAGGAUCGAAGUGAAUGAGGCCCAUCCUCCCCGGCACAGCCCAAUAGGUCUUAAUUUAUUUCUUAACCUUUGCUACGUAAGGGUCUGUGGUGUUUUUAAAUAAUUGUUUCUUCAUGCUGUAGCUUGCAUUAGUCAAUAAAACCUCUUGUACUAUUGUCA